AUGCUUCGAGCUUCUCUUAUUGAACUGCUGUUUGCAUUUUUUCUUAAUUCUGAAGUGUUCUCUACGAAUGAUUAUUGGAAACAUGCUCGUAAUAUGACAAAUGCAAGAAUGCUCCAUACAAGCACUUUUAUUAAUGGGAGAGAUAUGGUUCUCAUUACUGGUGGCUGUUCUAGUUCAAUCGAUGCUUUCUUCGCAUCGAACGGUUCAAUCAUACAUCAAGGCGAUAUGACAACCACGAGAUGUGAUCAUACGGCUAAUCUUCUUCCCAAUGGAUUACUUCUUAUUGCUGGAUGUUCUGUAGGUAUCAACAUAGGUUAUCCUAUUCGGGAUGGCUGUGUAGCUGAUCUAUACGAUCCUCGAUCUGGUCAAGUGAAAAGAACGGUAAACAUGAGUGCAUGUCGUAUGCGUCACACAUCAUCAAUGAUUCGAAGCAAUAAUUCAACAAAAGUGUUACUUGCUGGUGGCUAUGAUGGGGAUCAUUUGGCUUCGGGUGAUGUUUUUUAUGUGAAAAAUGGAACAUUUCAGCCAGUGAAUAAUUUAAUGACGGAACCUCGAGUGUAUCAUACAGCAACAGUUUUACCUAGCGAACAUGUUAUUAUUGCUGGUGGAUGCAGAAAUGAUGGUGACUGUUUAGAUACUUUAAUACUAUAUAACAGCAGAUUAAAUCGUUUCAUUCCUCUUUUACCACGGUUAUCAGUCAAACGCGCAUUCCAUACAGCCACUUAUAUUCCUUCCAUUGAAGCAAUUCUUUUUGUUAGUGGUGGCACAUUCGACCUGUUUGAUGUACCAACGCUUACCUUUAUUAGUAAUGGAACAACACUAGAGGACCGCGCAGAUCAUACAGCCACGCUUCUAGUUGAUGGUCGAGUUCUAAUUGCAGGUGGAUCAAAAAACUAUGGUUUGACUUCCUGUGAAAUAUAUAACCCAUUAAGUAAUACAUUUACAUCAGCAGCACACAUGUUCAUAGGUCGCUAUUGGCAUACUGCUACGUUACUUCCACAGACAGGAGCGGUGUUCAUUUGUGGUGGAAGAAACUUAGAAGACAUAUUUAAUAGUUGUGAAUUAUAUUUUCCGUAA